GUGGGCGGGCCUAAGAGGAGCGCGAGCGCCGGUCCCGCUGAGCGCAGGCGUGCUUCGGUCGGGAGGACAUCCAGCGAAGUAGGCCGUGCCGCUCAGGGUUUUGCUGAGUGCUUGCCGCGGUGGCUAGUGAAUGCGAGCUAGAAGCUACUCUGGUGCAAGCUAGGAUGAAACAGUUGCCUGCAGCGACAGUUCGCCUCCUGUCUAGUUCUCAGACAAUCACUUCAGUGGCCAGUGUUGUGAAAGAGCUCGUUGAAAACUCCUUGGAUGCCGGAGCUACCAGCAUCGAUGUUAAACUGGAGAACUAUGGAUUUGAUAAAAUUGAGAUCCGGGACAAUGGUGAGGGCAUCAAGGCUGUAGAUGUACCCGUAAUGGCAGUGAAGUACUACACCUCGAAGAUCAGCAGUCAUGAAGACCUUGAGAGUCUGACAACUUAUGGCUUUCGUGGUGAAGCCUUGGGGUCAAUAUGUAAUGUUGCAGAGGUGGUCGUUACAACAAGGACAGCUGCUGAUGACUUUAGCACUCAGUAUGUUUUAGAUGGCAGUGGACACAUACUUUCUCAGAAGCCUUCACAUCUUGGUCAAGGUACAACUGUAACUGCUCUAAAGUUGUUUAAGAAUCUACCUGUAAGAAAGCAAUUUUACUCAACAGCUAAAAAGUGUAAAGAUGAACUAAAAAACGUACAGGAUCUUCUCAUAAGCUACGGUGUCCUGAAACCUGACAUAAGGAUUAUUCUUGUACAUAAUAAGGCAGUGAUUUGGCAGAAAAGUAGAGUUCCAGAUCACAGGACCGCUCUAAUGUCGGUUCUGGGCACUGCUGUAAUGGGAAACAUGGAAUCUGUUGAGCAGCACUGUGAAGAAUCUCAGAUUUACCUAAGUGGAUUCUUUCCAAAGCAUGAUGCAGACCACAAUUCCACAAGUCUUUCAACCCCAGAGAGAAGUUUCAUCUUUAUUAAUAGUCGACCUGUACACCAAAAAGAUAUACUAAAGUUAAUCCGACGCUAUUAUAAUCUGAAGUGCCUAAGGGAAUCUACCCGCUUGUAUCCCAUUUUCUUUCUGAAAAUUGAUGUUCCAUCAGCUGAGGUGGAUAUAAAUCUAACACCAGAUAAAAGUCAAGUGUUAUUACAGAAUAAGGAAUCUGUUUUAAUUGCUCUUGAAAAUCUCAUGAUGACCUGUUACGGACCACUACCCACUACAGAGUCUUAUGAAAAUAACAGAGUAAAUGUUUCCUCAGCUAACAUGGUUGUUAGUCAGACAGCAGAAACAGAUGUGCUUUUUAAUAAAAUGGAAUCAUCUGGAAAUAAUUAUCCAAAUGCUGAUACUCCGGCUAUUCACUUCCAAAAGGAUGAAUCUAGAAAAAACACUGAUCAUCAUUUAAAUGAACAGAUAAAUAUAGGCGAUCAUUGUAAUGGUCAUUUUAGUGGUGAAUAUUCUCACAUUAAUAAGGACACACUUCAGAAUAUCCCUAUGAAUAAUUUACCAUCAGAGGCUAAUCAGAGUAAGCACAGUGAGUCUCAUUCUGUAGGUUCUGUUGAACAUAUCCAAGGAGAAAUUGGCAGGAGUGGUACAGGAGGGAGUGGGGGAGAUGGGAGAGAAGCACUUCCUGAGAAAGCUCUGGAAAUCUGUGCAGACGAUUGGAGCAAAGGAAAUGUGUGUAAUUCGAUGGGAGAGAAUAUCGAACCUGUGAAAAUUUUAGUGCCACAAAAGAGCUUAUCAUGUAAAGUCACCAGUAGUCACCCAAGCCUUGAACCAGAGAAUCUCAGUGAUGGUCCUUGUAGCAGAACAUCAAAUGUAAUCGAUAACAGAUCUGGACAGCUUACAGCCUAUGACUUAAUUAGCAAUCGAGCAGUCAAGAAGCCCAUGUCAGCCACUGCCCUGUUCAUUCAAGACCGCCGCACUCAGCUCCUCUCAGAGAACCCCAGGACUGGUUUGGAGGAUGCGACAGUACAAAUUAAAGCACAAUGGGAGACCCUGAGUGAAGAGGAAAAACACAAAUAUGAGGAAAAGGCUAAAAAAGACUUGGAACGAUACAAUAACCAAAUGAAGAAAGCUAUUGAACAGGAGACAGAAGUGUCAUUAAAGGACGGCAGGAAAAAGAUAAGGGCUACCAAUGCGUGGGGCUUGACACAAAAACAUAAGGUGAAAGACUCAUCUAAACAGCCAAAACUUGAUGAGCUCUUUCAGUCCCAGAAGGAAAAGAGGAAGAGUGAAAAUAUUAAAAUAAAAGAAAUCCCCUUUUCUAUGGAAAACUUAAAAGUGAACUUUAAGAAACAAAAGGAAGUUGACUUAGAGGAGACGGAUGAGAUGUGCCUGAUCCACAGCCUCAAGUUUCCUGAUACAUGGCUGGUCACAUCCAGAGCAGAUGUCAUGUUACUGAACCCGUACAGAGUGGAGGAAGCCCUGCUAUUUAAAAGACUGCUUGAGAAUCAUAAACUCCUUGCAGAACCACUGGAAAAGCCAAUUAUUUUAACAGAGAGUCUUUUUAAUGGGUCUCAUUAUUUAGAGGUUUUACAUAAAAUGUCAACAGUUGAGGAAAAAUGCAGUGGAUCAGCUUACCUGUGUGACCCCCGUCUUACAGCAAAUGGCUUCAAGAUCAGAUUGACACCAGGAGUUUCCAGUACUGAGAACUACUUGGAAAUAGAAGGAAUGGCUAAGUGUCUCCCAUUCUAUGGAAUAAUGGAUUUAAAGGAAAUUCUUAAUGCUAUAGUAAACAAAAAUGCGAAGGAGCUUUAUGAAUGCAGACCUCGAAAAGUGAUCAAUUAUCUGGAGGGAGAAGCCGUCCGUCUAUCCAGACAGCUACCCAUGUACUUACCACGAGAGGAUGUCCAAGAUCUUAUCUAUAGAAUGAAGCAACAGCUCGGAAAAGAAAUUAAAGGGUGUGUCCAUGGGCGCCCAUUUUUUCAUCAUUUGACUCAUCUUCCAGGAACUUCAUGAUUAAGCUUAUGACCGUUAGUUACUAUGGAAAUUGAUGUGGUUCUUAAACCACUUUUGUGUGUGCUAUCAUGUAUCAAAGUGAUUAUUUGUACAGUGGAAAAGGUUUUUUAAAAGUUGUAAAAUAUGUAUAAGUAAAUAAUGUCGACUAUAAAAUUUUGUUUUUAUGUCCAACCUCCAACCUAAUUGUAGGUUGUAGGCUCCACAGUAGAAGGUAGCUAUGUUCUUGGAUGCUUGAUUUAUUAAGUUAACCCUGUUUAGAUUUUACCCCUCAAAACAGCCUCAGCUGGCAUACCAAAGAGGGCUCUUCAGGCCUGCUUUAAAGUUGGAUGGGGCAGUGGGGAAUGAGAAUAUGACAAAAUAAAAUAUUGCUGCCUCUCCAAUAUGACAAUUUUUUAGCUUUAGUGUCAGAUUUUGUCAGAGAAUAUGCAAGGGAAAAUAAACAUUUUUAACAGAAUAAUUAGAUUACAAUAUCUUUUUCUCACACAUAUUCUUUCAUAUUCCUUCAUAAACCAGGUCAGUGUUCCAGUAUUUUACCAAAAACUGGAAUACAAUGUGUUUAAUACAUGCAUUUGUUAUGUUAAGUAAGAUAUGUUGGAGUGGGUAUGGUGUCUCCACUGCCUAUAGUUCUCAUGGGUCAUCUAUAAAUUCUUAAUCUUUAUAUUUACAUAAAAAUUAUAAUAUA